AUGAUACCCUCCUCUCCAUUUUUUCUCUCCUAAAUCCAAUAUUAAAACCUCCCAAAUCAUUCCUAUCAGGUGUUGGCCUGCGCGCGGCCAAAAUUAAAGUCCCCCCCUCCUUCCCUCCUCCCCUCCUCCCCUCCUCAUCCUCGCGUCAAAUCGUUUUGCAUAGUGACUUCCGCCCCGAUCGGCUUUCCUUCUACUGGUCCGCAUCAGCCGGCGAGCAGCUGAUAUGACAGGAGGAUACAGUAUCACGCCGAGCCAGGAAAAAGCUGACUUAAAAACUUCAUUUGGGAAGUAGGCGGAUGUCGUGUGCGGCCGAUACAGGUCGGAGACGGACUCCAGGAAACGGAGGAAGAAGAGGAAUGUAUAUUUUUGAUGCUAUGGGAUUAGCCACUUUCGUGUCAAGAGGCGGAAAAUGCUGAAGCGGUCCACGGUGUUUGAAUACUGUACGUGGAAUUACAGACUAUUUUCUCCCAACUCACAGCUCUACGAUACUAGAUUUCCCCCCUCAUUUCCACCAUGAGUUGCAUGGUUGUGAAUGUACUGCUACGUGGACUCGUCAUCUAUGCGGUACUGGGCUUGGAGUGCACUUACUCGAAUGAUCUACCCGGCCACUCGUCUGAUGCUGCAAAUGUAGCCAUCACAGACCCCUGUCUUAUAGUGAUGCCGCCAUGCGUGGGUGAGGCCGACCGCUUCAGUUUGGAGGCGCUGCGGCAUAUCCACAAACAGCUGGAUGACGACAACGAUGGGGGGAUAGAGGUCAACGAGAGCGUGGAGUUUAUAAUUGAAGACAUGAAGCAGCAGCAAACCAACAAGCACAGCAACCUGCAUCGUGAGGACCAGCACAUCACAGUGGAGGAGCUGUGGAAGGGCUGGAAGACCUCCGAAGUCCAUAACUGGACCAUGGAUGACACGGUGCAGUGGCUGAAGGAGGCCGUGGAGCUGCCGCAGUAUGAGAAGAACUUCCGGGACUUCCGGGUCACGGGGAACACUUUACCUCGAAUAGCGGCAAAUGAACCGUCGUUUAUGUCAAUGCAGCUAAAGAUAUUAGACCAACGGCACAAACAAAAGUUAAACCUAAAGGCACUAGAUGCAGUGCUCUUUGGGCCUCCCCUCCGUCCACAACAUAACUGGAUGAAAGACUUUGUCCUGAUGGUUUCCAUAGUGAUCGGUGUUGGCGGCUGUUGGUUUGCCUACAUGCAGAACAAGUCCAGCAAAGUGCACAUUUCCCAGAUGAUGAAAGAUUUGGAGAGCCUGCAACACGCUGAGCAAAGCCUCUUAGACAUGCAGAGUCGGCUGGAGAAGGCUCAGGAGGAGAACCGGACGGUGGCCGUGGAGAAGGAGAACCUCGAGCAGAAGAUGAGGGAUGAGAUCAGUGGGGCUAAAAAGGAGGCUCACAGGCUCCGAGAGCUGCGAGAGGGUGCUGAGUGUGAGCUCAGCAGGCUCAAAUAUGCAGAGGAGGAGCUAGUACAGGUGCGAAAGGCUCUGAAGCGAGCCGAGAAGGAGAUUCAGUCGGAGCGCUCGGUGCCUGAAGCUCUGCAGAUGUGGCUGCAGCUCACACACGAAGUGGAGGUUCAGUACUACAACAUCAAGAAGCAGAGCGCUGAAUUUCAGCUGUGCGUCGCCAAAGAUGAGGCUGAGAAAAUAAAAAAGAAACGAGGUUCUGUGUUUGGAACUCUUCAUGUUGCCCACAGUUCAUCACUGGACGAGGUGGACCACAAGAUACUAGAAGCAAAGAAAGCUCUGUCAGAAGUAACAGCAUGCCUGAGGGAGCGGCUUCACCGCUGGCAGCAGAUCGAGAAGCUCUGCGGCUUCCCGGUUGUCAAUAAUUCAGGCCUGCCGAGCCUGACGGCCAGCCUCUACUCAGACCACAGCUGGGUGGUGAUGCCACGAAUGUCGGUCCCUCCCUAUCCCAUCGCAGGUGGUGUAGACGAUCUGGACGAGGACACGCCUCCCAUCAUUCCACAGUUCACCACAGCUACAUUGAUUCGCCCCCCGCUGACGCGCAACAGCAGUCUGUGUCGUUCCCGCCGGAGCCUGCUGAGCUCCCCGCAGUCCUCGCUCAUGUCUCCUGACCCAGACCUGCUCUCCAUGGCCGGCUCGUCCCUCUCCUAUCACCCUGAGGCAGACGACGAACAUAUCAUGUUCAGCACUGAUAGGAGGGGGUAUGUAGCCGUGGCCGGAUCGCCGUGGAAUGGUUUAACAGAAUGGACUCAAAGGGAACCGACUCAGGAGGGCGGCUCUGACACAGACUCUCUCGGCUCUUCUAUGGGUCGCAAGCAGCUCCACUCGGAAACCCCCUACCGCAAGAUCUCCCGUGACGAGCUGCUUCUGUUCAGCCAGAACCCAGAACUCCCUGCGUCCACCCACACCACCAGCAGCAGCAGCAGCAGUAGUCUCAGGGACUCCACGCCUCCUCCUCUGCCUCCCACCCCAGCCACCACCCCCUCCGGCCCGCCCUCCACCUCACCUUCCCCGGCUUUGGAGCACCACCAGUUUGCACAAAGUGGCUCGCCUGAUCUCACCCGUGUCAUGUCCGAAUCCCAAAGCAUGCCUCUCUCGCAGGGCGGCGUGGCCUCUCAGACAGGAAAGGGCGUGUACAACGGCAUCCUGGAGAAGUCCUACAGCUACGGCCAGCUGCCGGCGAGCAUGCUGCCCAACGUAGGCCGUUAUCCGUCUCUUACCUCGCUGGACUCAGAGGGCCGGAGUCUGGGAAGGGAAUACAAGCUCCAGAGCACCUCCUCCCAGGACUCCAGCGACAAUGGAGAGAAAGUCAAGCGCUCCUCCUCUAAACUCAAAGGCUUAUUUAAGAAGAAGAAAUAAAAACUUGCAGCUUGAAAUAGUGCGUGUGUGUUUAAGUGGCAGGAAGAGAGAAAAUUAAAAUUACAAGAGCUGUUUUAUCACAUAUAUGAAAAAACGGACAUCGCUGUAAGAUAAAACAUUUCAUUUUCUCUCUUCUUUUUACCAUCAGAGAUGGAAUGUAGCUCAGUCUGGGUGCCUUUAAACGCUCCUCAGACCGGUAGCCUUAUUUUACAAUAAUGCUUUUUUUUUUUUUUUAGUUCACUCACAGGGAAACCUGCAAAGGUCAAGGAAGAGUCAAUGAAAGCUCAAAGCUCGCACCGGCUCAUUGUCUUUCCUUCAUGUUUAGAGUUUGAAUCAAAAGAAAGCCACUGUUUAAAAUGUCUGGAAGUGCAGUCUGUACAUUUAGUUUUAAACACAAUGUGUAGUUUCACUGCUGAUGUAUAGUACAGCCAUGUUUGCUGUGUUUGUGGCAGCAGCUCAUGAAUAACUCCCACAGAGAAGGUAAAAUGUGUUUACCUCUUUUAGUUCAUCUUGUGAAGAGUUCUAAACUCAGUACUUGAUUCAUUUCCUUCAGAGAGAGAGAGAGAAAAAAAUCCUGCUAAAUGUUUGUUGCACUACUGCUUUCCUGGUAUUUUAGGAAAGAACCGCAGCUGGCGGAGAACAUAUUCAGCAAAGAUGUCGAGAUGCAUGAGCAGCAGCAAUGAAGAUGCAACACAGAGCCAAAAUUACUUGAUGUGUCUUCAGUGCCGCCGUUUAUGGAUGUCCACGUUUUCAGAUCAUUAUAUUCUUCUAGAUGUUUUUAAAUUAGGUUAUCAAAGAUUGAACCCACACCAGUCACUUUAUCUGUUCUCUGGUUGCCCUUUAUGACUUGAUUAACUGCAUCCUGUAGCCAUAAAGUAAGUAAAUAUGACAUGACAGUCUUGUUUUGAAUCUCCUGCCCUCCUACCUCCUUCUUAAACUCUGAGUCACUGUUUCCUCUUUGGUUAAAUCGGCUUUGCAAUGCUACUUUUCUGCAUUCAAGGACACAGAAUGGAGAGAAGUAUUGUUGGAAAGUUUUUAUUUUAAAAGACAAACAGUAGAAUAUAUUUGUUCAAAGAAGAAGCAAAUCAAUGCAGCAAAACUAGCCCCUCCCCCUUCCCCACCACAACAAACACUAAGCUCAAAGCCGACCCAUGCAAUACAGUCCUGCUCCUCACCUUCGGGCCUGCGCCGAGCGCACUGAUGUCAAGAGCUUCACACUGUGAUUUCUGGCUGCUUCCACUCAUCCUGGACCUGGCUGUCGCUGCUGCAGCUUAAAACAUGUUCAAAUGCAACAUCAGGAGAGGGGGUAGGGUUGGAUGACGUGAUGUGCCAGGAUGACCUGAGGAUCCAGUGGCCUGUUUUUAAACAAUAAUGAAGAAAAAAAAAAGUAUGUAUGAAAGUUUGUGGACAAUGCAACACAAUGAAGAAAAUAAGGCGAGGAGGAAGCGAAUGUUUACGAGACAUUAGGUUUUUUUUUUUUUUUUUGGAGAACAUUUUGUGUGUGAAUAUUUGUAUACUGUAGAA